GGCAUCACUGGUCUUUGGUGGUCUUUGGUCAAUUGAUUAUUUAGCGGCUUCAGGCCACUUGAGAGACUUCAGACAGAACAUUAUGUCAAAUAAACACUUGUUUCUGAAAUCAGGAUUUCCGCGGGCACCUUUUGGUCUCGGGAUCGGACGUUAUGUUUGCCAGUUGCAGAGAAUAACUUUAAAAUUUUGCAAAAGCCACGGUUCAAGUGGAGGAAUGAGAGGCUUUAUAGAGCACGAUCUAGUCAAUUACGCGAAAGAAAAUCCAGGUGUGGUAGUAUAUGUUAAACCAAGAAGACACAGACAGCCAGUCAUAGUUGCCGAAUAUCUGAAUGGCGAUAGUCAAUGGAUGCAGGUUGUUAAUUAUAGCCGAGAGGAUAUUGUAAAAUGGAUGGAAUUAUUACGAACACAGUUUCAUGAUAGUCCUUCGUUGAGAUUGCGUAAACUGUGGCAUACGGAAUUUCCAUCAAUUCAGGGACCAUGGACCCCAUUUACUUUUAGAAAUUCUAUGUUAAACUUGGCACAGUUUCCUAAUAAGGAACUUGGUGCAGCUAUUAAGCUUGGUCCUACAGCAACGGAACAACUUAUCGAAUUAUUCAAGGCUCAACAAUUGGCUGAUAAUACAACUAAUAAUUCCGUAGAAGUCUGUCAAGGUGAACAAACUUCAGAACAUAUUCAAAGGACAUAAAUUUUUCAGCAAUUUUUAAUAUAGUACUGAUUUCUAAUUUAGAGUAUCCAAAUAUAUAUAUAUAUAUA